AUGUCUUUGCACAAACAGUUCCAAGCGUACAUGGGCAAGAACAAGGACGAAGAGAUCGAGAAGAUCCCACUAGCCAUCUUGGCCGAGACCAAGAUCGAUUUUGGCAAAGCCAAGAUGAAUCAGACUUUUGCCCAGGCAUUCCAAGACAAGGAGUGGACCAGCUAUAUGCUGACAAGAUUCGAGGAAAGUCAGAAACCGUCGCAUCAAAAGUACUUCCAGUAUGUCAAGAUGAUGAUUCAAGAGGACAAUCAGUCACUGACGUCGACGGUCAAGACCAAAGGGAAUGUCAAGAAGAAGGAGGAAGCGAAACCAACCAGUUUGGGUAUGGCCAAACCAGUGGACGAGGAGGAGGAUUCAGACUGGGAACGAAUGACUGGAGGGCCGAUCAAUCAAAUGACAGAGAUGCAGAUCAACCAGAGCGAGAUGGAAAGCCGCAUGGAAGAAGCACUGGCACAGGUGAUCUCUCACCUUCAGCGGCUGUCGACUCAAGGUCUUCUGAUACAGCCAAAGGUUGUGAAGACGUUCCAGUAG